CCGUGUCCCCGUCCCUGCCCCAGGUGCUCCGUUCACCCCACGCCUGCAUCAAACCCAUCAUCGGCGUCUUCCAGCUUGACAUCGGCACCGUCUACUCUGCCCCGGGCCGCAGCCUGAGCUGGAAGUGGCUGAGCCUUCAGCACCCCCAACACCGCGACGGCCGCUCCCAGGGGUUCCUCCAGCUCAGCCUCCGCGUGCGCCGCGCCGGGGAGAGCGCCCCGGUGAGCCCCCCGCCAUCGCCCGCACCCCAAAAACCCCAGCUGGGGUCUGUCACCCCAAACACCCCAGCUGGGGUCAGUCACCCCAAAAAACCCCAGCUGGGCUCUGUCACCCCCCUACCCGGGAUCU